CUUUUCAAACGGGAUAUUCUGGAAUAGGCCUCGUCUCCAAACUGCCUGGUCCUUUUGUUCUACCUUUCAAACGAAACUGAAUUUGUAACGAUGGCUCGAGGAGCGAUUUUAGGUUUGAUUUUCGCUGCUAUCUGCCUGUCUUCUGUAUCUGCAACACUGAAGAUAGCAGCCUUCAAUAUCCAGACGAUGGGGAAAAGCAAAAUGGGAAAGCCUGAAGUAGUCAACGUUUUGAAACAGAUAAUCUCAUUCUACGAUAUGGUAUUGAUCCAAGAGAUACGAGACAGCUCAGGAACGGCUAUUGUUGAGCUCCUCAAUGAGGUCAAUAGUUAUUCACCUGAUCAAUACGAAAUGGUGAUUUCUUCACGAGCAGGACGCAGUUCCUACAAAGAGCAGUAUGCAUACUUCUUCAAGGCAGACAAGAUGACCGUCGUGGAUUCUUUUGAGUACCCGGAUAAUGGAGAUCUUUUUGAAAGAGAGCCUUUCGUCGUUCGGUUUACCGCCCCUUCUACUCGUGUGGGUGAGUUCGUCGUAAUGGCUCUGCACGCCAAGCCUGAUGAUGCUGUAACCGAGCUUGAUCUAAUGGCCGAUGUCUAUGACUAUACCGUCAGUCAGUGGGGAGUCAGGGACGUGGUUAUCAUGGGUGAUCUGAACGCAGAUUGUUCUUACGUGGGAAGGAAUGAUUGGCAGGACAUUCGUCUUCGUACUCAAUCACGAUUUGAUUGGGUGAUAUCCGACACGGCAGAUACAACGGUCUCUGGAAACACCGAUUGUGCAUACGACAGAUUUGUGUUAGCAGGUACGACUAUAAAGGCUACAUCUUCUGGUGCAGGCGUUUUCUAUUUUGAUGAUUUCUUCGGACUAGACUAUGAAGGCGCAAAAGACGUCAGCGAUCAUUUCCCUGUGGAACUUACCAUUGACUAGAUAUAAGAGAUGUGAUGAACUAGCAAUUCACGCAUUGCUGAUGGUGAUGAACUAUAAUACAUGUUGAAUAUGUGGGCUUAGUAACGCUGAAGAAGAUUGUCUGACUUUUCUGAAGUAUAACUUAAGUUAAUAUCUAUAUAAUGAUAAUAAUAAUAACUAGAUCAAUAUAUAUAUAGCACAGCUAAAAUAUAAAUAUACUCAACUGUACUGUGAUGAAAACAAAACUCCUAACAGUGCUACCUUUACAGACACACUAAAAAAGUAUUCAAAAGCACCUGAAAACAAGUGCGUCUGUAACAAGACGUUGAAGACAGCAGCAGAUGAGGCUUUUCUUAUGUCUACUGGUAGGUCAUUCCAAAGCUUUGGAGCAGUGCAGCUGAAAGCGCAAUCUCCAAGAGUUACUUUUGUUUUUGUGUGAGGUAGCUUUAGAUGCAGCUUGUCCUGUGUUUUCUUCAUAAGUUAUGUGCGUAUGGAUGAGGGUUUAAAAGAUAAUAAUUCAAACAUACAAUUUGGGCUCGAUUAUUCAAUGCUGUAUAAACAAGCAAAUGUUUCUUAAUUGCAAGUAUAUUCCUAAUUGGCAAUCUGUUUAAUUAAAAUAGGUGAAACCUGGGGAAUUUUGAGGAAUUUGACACAUGUUGUGCACAUGCAUUCUAAACACUCUGUAAUUUGGUAAUGUUGUAAUCUGGCAAGCUAAUAUUCCAUUUCAACAAUCAACCCAACUGCUAAAAAUUGUAUCGACAAGACAAGUAUCUACGAAUGUGACAGAGAGUCUAUAACAUACAAAAAGGGCAGAUUUGCAUAAUUAUGUUCCAUAUGUGCUUUUCCAUGUUUAAACGAGAAUCAAUCCAUACACCCAGAUUUUUCACGGAGCUUGAUUGCUUUACUUCUGAGUCUAAAACUGUUAUAACUGUUAAUUAAUGUUUAAUAUAUCUUUAUUAAAAACUUGGACUCACCAUUGCGCAGAAUAUUCUACUUUUGUAUUUUUUCUUCAUUCCUUAUUGCUCUUUUUAAUUUGGGGAUUCAAAGUUUAUCAGUGGAAUUAAAAGUGAAUUUUAAAAAUCAGCAAAACUGAGAAAUGCCUUCUAAUAUUUUCGUAUGGUUAGUUCGCGGGCUUCCUAUGCGGUUAGUAUGCUGCAAGAUACAUCAUGCACCAAAGUCAUAUACAUUUUAACCAAUUUACCAUAUUCAUGAAAACAAAGAAAAACAUAAUUUCACAUGCUCUGUUAAUUGUAAUUGUCACGUUAAUUUCAUUUUAGGAAAAAAAAAGGUAAUUGUGAUUUAUUUGCACUGUCGAUUUUUAAACUACAUUUUUGUGUGAUUAAAGUGUAAGAAUAUGAUAACAAUAAUUAAUCGAAGGAAUGUCAUUGAUGUACGCAUGUAAACAUUGUCUUCUAUUUUAUUGCAUUAUUCUUUUAUUGAGGCAUCACACCAAAUAAAUCAUACUGUUUCUCAGAUCGGA